UGGAGAUAAACAGAUCCACAGGCUGCAGCUUUGGUUGGAGGACGAAGAAGAAAAAAUAAAUAAACAGGUUUUUUUGCCAGCGGGGAAUUAGCCACAUUUAACCAUGCAGUUGUUAUAUCAUUGUCACAUCUGGCCGGUGCACCUCCACCUCGCCUGCUGUCGGUGCGGUCAACCCGGGGGCGACAGGAAGUACGUGGGGAUCAGUGGAUCCGGUGCUCAUUAACCAUGCCUCCGGCACGGCCCGGAGCGAACAAACUUUCGCCAGCACAGCCCGGGCAUGUGCGGGGAUCGUGACGGGACUGAAGUUACAUGACUCAUCACAGUGCCUCAACAAUAACAGACUGUGGAAAGAACUUUCAAAGACUUCACUACUACGUCUGUCUUUCCAAACUGGUCAAAUCUCCUCACCCCAGUGUUACUGCUAAUCUCUCCUUUCUUUCUACCAAUCCUCCAGCAGCCUCAACCUCUUCUUCCUCUUUCUACCUUCAUUUCCGUAGCUCCACCUUUCAGUCAUCUUUCUGGUGCUGGUGGUUUCCAGAGAGAAGGAAACUAAGAGUCAUGAUAGGACAUGUACUUUCAGACAUGAUAUUCUUGUGUUAGAGGGAGGGAAGAAUAGAGAAGACAAACAAUUUGUCCUGUUUGUGUAAGUUUUGCUGACGACAGGAUUCUCUGGUUCUUCACUGCUGAAUCGUGUGAUUGAGCCACCAAUCAGUCCAUCUGUGUGUGAUUGUCUUACCCUGGGGUGUCAAGGCUUUGCACUGGCUGAACUGCAGCCAUGGAGGUGGCCCUGGUAGACUUUGAGAGCCUGGAUGAACUUGAGGGCAGCCUUGAGGAUGAGGUGGACACAUAUGCUGAUGAGACCACAGCUCUCACUGUGGACCUGCCCCCAGAGGACCACAACCCAGGCGGCAACUACCUUCUGCGAGGUUCUCAACUUUCCUCUACACCCUCCCACCACAGUACUGUGCCCUCCUGCUUUUGGGAAUCCACCUCAUCUUCACCCAUUCCACUGGCACAGACCCUGGUGGUGCCCCAGUCCCCUACGAUGGCAACCCCAAGCAGGCGGGGGCGCAGUAGCUGUGCCAGCAUGAUCUCCAACUGGAAAUUGCUGCUAAGUAGUGAGGGCACUAAGGAGAGUGAGACAAUCUUCAGUCGGCUCACCAAGGAGUGCUGCGAAGAUUUAUUUGCCGAUAAACGUGGGCUCGAGGAUGGAGAUCAGAAAGUCAUCAUCAACAUUGCUGGUCUCCGUUUUGAGACGCAGCUCAAAACAUUGGACCAGUUUCCUGAAACUCUGCUUGGAGACCCUUUGAAGAGAAUGGAGUACUUCGAUCCAAUGAGGAAUGAGUAUUUCUUUGAUCGGAACAGACCCAGUUUUGACGGGAUCUUGUAUUACUACCAGUCAGGGGGUAAGAUCAGACGACCAGCUAAUGUUCCCCUUGAUGUGUUUGCAGAUGAAAUUGUGUUCUAUGAGCUUGGAAGUGAGGCCUUGGAGCAGUUCAGAGAGGAUGAAGGAUUUAUAAAGGAUGUUGACAUACCUCUACCCAAUAAUGACAUGUACAGGCAAUUCUGGUUGCUGUUUGAGUACCCAGAGAGCUCCAAUGCCGCCCGGGGUGUAGCACUUGUAUCUGUUUUUGUUAUUGUCAUAUCCAUCAUUAUUUUCUGCAUGGAAACUCUUCCAGAAUUUAGAGAUGACUCUGACCCAGUUGUACCCACAGUUCCACAACCUUUCAACCAAACCAGUGGUUACACGGCUCCACCUGGUGCAAAGCCCACAACUUUCUCGGAUCCCUUCUUCAUCAUUGAGACCGCCUGCAUCGCCUGGUUCUUCUUUGAGCUGUGUGUGCGGUUUUUGGUCUGUCCCAGCAAAAAGGAAUUUUUCCACAACCUCAUGAACAUCAUUGACAUUAUAUCCAUAAUCCCCUAUUUUGUCACUGUGGUUACAGAAAUGGUCACAACGCCAGAGGAGAGCUCAGGGCAGAACAUGUCUUUGGCAAUUCUUCGUAUCAUCCGCCUUGUCAGGGUGUUUCGCAUAUUUAAACUCUCUCGUCACUCCAAGGGACUGCAGAUCCUGGGACAGACUCUGAAGGCCAGUAUGCGUGAGCUUGGCUUGCUCAUCUUCUUCCUCUUCAUUGGAGUCAUCCUUUUCUCCAGUGCUAUCUACUUUGCUGAGGUAGAUGAGCCUAACACACAGUUUGUCAGCAUACCUGAUGGAUUCUGGUGGGCUGUGGUUACCAUGACCACUGUGGGCUAUGGGGACAUGUGUCCCAUCACCAUGGGGGGCAAGAUGGUGGGCACCCUGUGUGCCAUUGCAGGUGUGCUGACCAUCGCUUUGCCUGUUCCUGUUAUUGUCUCUAACUUCAACUACUUCUACCAUAGAGAGACAGAGGCAGAGGAGAAGUUGCCGUUGACAGAUGCUAAUGAGCAAGCAAUGAAGGCUGAGACAGAUACCAAGCAGGGCAGCAACACCUCGCUCACUAUAUCCAAUGGCAUCUGGCAGAGGGACAAAGGGAAAUAACUGAAGGAGAGACUGCCACAAAGCAGUGGAGGAAUAUUAAAGAUAAAGAUAAUAUAGAGGUAUUUAACUUUCAUGAUUUCUCCCGAAGAACGGGAAGUGAGGUAUCUUGUUUGUGUACUGAAAAAUAUGUUUUAUAAUGAAAUACAGGGCAUACCCUAAUUACCUCUUUAAUGUCUAAUAUGAAAAUGAUGAAUAACAGAGAAGUCAUGUUCAAGAUGUCAACAUAUUACAAGUUUUAGUAUAAGGACACUUUUUUUAGUUAAGCAGAAAAAAACCUUCAUUGUCAUAUUUCAGCAGUAUAUAUGUUUAAAGUUGUUUUGAUAAUUUUGGUCUUGUUUGUAUUAUCUUGGCCAUUAAUCCUAUUGCUUAGAACAUUUUGUGCACCAGCAAACCACCCUUGAAAUACAACUUUAAAAAUAGUGGAAAUUUGUUUCUUCAGUUUCUUCAAGGGCCAUGAAAGUAUAAGAGUUAUACAGGUUUAAACCAGACAAAUUAAAUGAAAAUAAAAGAGAGGAGUUAAAUGCCACCAGCCUGUGUGUUAUAUGGAGCCACUUCUUGGCUCU